GCCGGGCAAGGACACGGACCUCCGCUUGCAGGGCUGGCCGGGGCUGCUCUCGCUGCUCACAGUGAGAUCACAGAGGAGCAAGCGCCCCUUCCCGCGCGGGCUCAGAAGAUGUGAGGAACCCCGCGGUGCUGCACCUCCUUGGAGACGCGGUGGGCCAGCGCCGACCACGGAGAUUCUGAAUAUUUGGGCUUCAUAAUUCUGCUGCCAAGAUGUUUGCAGACCAUGUCUUGAAACUUAUGUCCCAAAAACAAAAAGCUUCCCCACCAAAGGUUCCAGAGCCCCCACCAGAACGAGUAGGUGACAAAAAAUAUUUCAUGGAUGCGUCGAAUAAAAACCUCACCUUUAUCCCAUCUUCUGUCCUGGAACUUUGGGAGCUGGAAGAAGUGCACUUGGAAAAUAACGUGAUUGAAGGAAUUGCUAAAGAAAUCCGUGGUCUCACCAAUCUAAAGAUUCUCUACUUGAACAACAAUGAAAUAAGACUCAUUUGCAAAGACCUUGGAGAACUGACUAAUCUUCAAAGUUUGGAUCUUAGCGGCAAUCCCCUGGUUCCCAGCUCUUUGCUUAUCCUUUCCCACCUGCGGUCUCUUCGACAGCUUCGGCUUUAUAAAGUCCAAAUGGAGAAUUUCCCCAUCCAGAUCUGUAAGUGUCUACACCACCUGGAGUUGCUGGGACUGUCUCACAACAAGCUGAAGUCUCUACCCAAAGAGAUUGUCAACCAGACCAAACUCAAAGAGAUCUACCUGCAGAACAAUAAUUUUGAAGAAUUUCCCCAGGAGCUCUGUGUCCUUUACAACCUGGAGAUCCUAGACCUGGAGCAAAACCAGAUCUCUUUCAUCCCCGACGAGAUCAGCGCGCUCAUAAAUCUGGAGAAAUUCUUCAUUGCUUCCAAUUGUAUACCACUCCUCCCUGACACUUUGGGAAGCUGCAGCAAGUUAAUGGUCUUGGAUGUCUCCAAUAACUUCCUGCACAAUCUCCCUUCGACCCUCAAAGAACUGACCGAAAUAACGGAACUGGGCCUUUCGGGAAACUGCCUGGAGAAAGUGCCCAAGCUGAUCUGCAAGUGGACGCUGCUCCAUCUCCUGUACAUGAAGAACAUCUGCCUGAAAUCUCUGCGCCGCUCCUUCAAACGCCUGCUCAAUGUCACUCUUUUGGAUCUGAGUCAGAAUUACUUGGAGCGUUUCCCUCUAGAGGUCUGCUCUUUGAAGAACCUGGAGAUGCUGGCUCUGGAUGACAAUAACAUAUGUCAGAUACCUCAAGAAGUGUUCAAUCUUGUCAAACUGAAGGGACUUAGUCUAACUGGAAAUAAUUUCAGUGCGUUUCCAGAGGAAAUCUUGCUAAUUGACUCUUUAGAAGAACUAUAUAUGGGACAAGACCAAGGAGCCAAAAUUACAUCUCUCCCAGAAACCAUCCUGAAGCUAACGAAUCUGAAAGAGCUAUAUUUUGAGAACAACAGCCUGGAUUCUUUACCUGUGGGCCUAUGUUCACUGAAAAACUUAAAAAUAUUAGAUUUUCACAACAAUCAGAUUACAGAGCUUCCAGACUCUAUAUCCCAAUUAACAGGUUUGAAGACAUUGAAUCUUGAGAACAACCUGCUGACUAUACUUCCAGAAAGAAUGGAUAGUCUGGAGCACCUCGAAGUUCUCAACCUAGAAGGAAAUCCCAUGCAAGAUCCUUCCCCAGAAAUCUGUCGUUUGGACAUUCCAGAAAUAUGGCAAUACUUAAAGGAUAAGAGAUACAAGAAUUUUAUGGCCACUAAGAUUCAGGCUUGGUACCGAGGAGUGAGGGUGAGGAAAGGCUUCGGGUCCAACGAAGAGCUCUUGGCGAUUCCGAAGAAAGGCAAGGGCUCGCCCAAAGAUAAGAAAGGAAAGAAAGAGGAGAAGAAGGAGGAGAAGAAAGAGGAAAAAGGGAAACCGGCGCCCAAAGGCAAAAAGAAAUAAAGCCUCUUUCGGGCAGGACUUGUCACGGUGCUUCAUGCCCGGAGGCGAGCGGGAGAAGGCAAGGCCCGCGGCCAGCCCGGAGCGGGGCAAGCAUUAAAAGGCUUCCUCCCAGUCCCCUCCGCGGUCUCCAGGGUGUUACUUAGUAAGUGGCUCUCGCGUGCGAGCGUAAGCGCCCGGAGGGCAGGGACUGUGGAACCUUCUCCUCCUUGUCUGCCGGGUCUAGCCCAGGGCCUUUCACCGAGUAGACGCGCUAAGAGCCUUUGAACGGAGAAGUAGCCUGGACUGCGGACCGCUCAUUAGCCUUCCAGUCAGGAGAGGACUGAGUUCAAAUCCAGCCUCAGACACUUACUAGGUGUGUGACUCUGGGUAAGUCACUCACCACUUCGCCUCUGUCCGCCUCAGUUUCCUUAUCUGUAAAACGUCGAUAAUAAUAGCAUCUACCUCCCAUAGUUGUCGCAAGGAUCAAAUGGUAAUGAAUUGUAAUAAAAGCAUUAUUCUGAAAAGAGGUCCAAAAAUGUACAAAAAUUGUAAAGGGCCUGGCACGGUAUUAUUAUAAUUAUUCAUUAUGAUAAAAUUUAUUUGGCCCUGUUUUCAUUGUCAGUAAUUAUAAAACCUAUAUGCCCUGGGGAAACAAUCCUUUUUUUUUCCCCAAUAAAAAAAGAUCCAAAAAUGUACAAAAAUUGUAAAAUUUCCUUGGCCCUGUUUUCAUUGUCAGUAAUUAUAAAACCUAUAUGCCCUGGGGAAACAAUCCUUUUUUUUCCCCAAUAAAAAAAGAUCCAAAAAUGUACAAAAAUUGUAAAAUUUCCUUGGCCCUGUUUUCAUUGUCAGUAAUUAUAAAACCUAUGUGCCCCGGGAAAACAAUCUUUUUUUUUUUUUUAAUAAAAAAAAAAACCCAAAAUGUACAAAAAUUGUAAAGGGCCUGGCAUGGUAUUAUUAUAAUUAUUCAUUAUGAUAAAAUUUAUUUGGCCCUGUUUUCAUUGUCAGUAAUUAUAAAACCUAUAUGCCCUGGGGAAACAAUCUUUUUUUUUUUCCCAAUAAAAAAAGAUCCAAAAAUGUACAAAAAUUGUAAAAUUUCCUUGGCCCUGUUUUCAUUGUCAGUAAUUAUAAAACCUAUGUGCCCCGGGAAAACAAUCUUUUUUUUUUUUU